UUUGUAAUUAAUUUUUUUUUUCUUAAAGCUCUAUAACAUCUUUUUGUUUGGGUAAAAAAUCAUGACUCAUGAGUGUUGUUGUUUGCCUCUGUGAUUGAGGUGUGAGUUUUAUCAUCUUACAUUAUUGUGGCAGUGACUCAUCUAAAAAACUUUUUUUUUUCUUAUGUUCUGGAAUAAAACCCCAUCAAGAAAGACUUUUGAAAGCUAACCCCAGAAAGUAGCUUUUAAAACCUCUUUUUCAACCCCACAAGCUAACCAAAGAAGAAACCUGAAAACGAAAAACCCCAUUACGUUUUGUUUUCAUCCUCGUGCCCCGAUCUUAUCUUUGGUUUUGAUCUUGAUUCUUGAAUUUGGUUUUUCCCCAGCAAAAGAUUCAGUUUUUUUUUUUUAAAUAGCAAUGAAGGGAAUGAAGGAGAGAUUGGCGAAGAAGAUCAAACUCAUCACCAUUGUUUCAACCUUGAAGCAAGGCCUAGCUCAUCACAAGAGUAAGAUUGACCGGACAAUCCAUCAUAUUAGAGACGAGAUAGUUGCUGAAUCUGGUCAACGCAAAGGUUGUGUUACACCAACGCUACCAGAGCUUGAGUAUGUGGAUGUGUCAGAACAAGAACACGAUGUUGAAGAAGAAGAAAGAGAGAUACUUUCGGAAUUUGAAGAGAAUUGUCCACCAGGAGGUGAAGAUUCUGUCGUGUUCUACGCCACGGGACUGCGAGGUGUGAGAAAAACUUUCGAAGCGUGUAGAAGAGUAAGAUUCUUGUUGGAGAAUCACAUGGUGAAGUAUAAAGAGAGAGAUGUCUCGGUUGAUUCAGAGUAUAGAGACGAGAUGUGGAGGUUGCUUGGUAGGAAAGUCACCUCUCCGAGGCUGUUUAUUAGAGGUAGGUACAUUGGAGGAGCUGAUGAAGUUGUGGCGUUGAACGAGAACGGGAAGCUCAAGAAGCUUCUACAAGGGAUCUCACGGGCUCAUUCGCCUUGUGAGUGUUGUCUGAACGAAAGGUUUUUGAUAUGUUCUAGUUGCAACGGAAGCUCAAGAUUGAUUGCAGACGAUGAAGAGACGAGUAAUGGUACUAUGUGGACGAGAUGCAGAGAAUGUAACGAGAAAGGGCUUGUUAGAUGUCCUCUUUGUACUUGAUGUUGUUGUACUAACUACUAGUCUAUGUUUUGUAUUUGGUUCCUGUAGAAUAAUAAGUUGCAAACACUGACUCA